AUGACGCGUCAAAUUAAUUCAUGUCUCACAAUAUCACACCAUUCCCGACGCAUAAUCAUACUUCUCCUUUUCUUUACCAUUGGCAUAUUUUCAUACAAUACACUGACAAUAUAUGAAGAUUUAUUAAAUGGACCACUAUAUCCGAUUAACGCAGUAACCUUUAAAGAUUCAUCGAUAUUGACCAUUCGUUUAACAAAUAAACAUUGUGAACGAGGAUGGAUUACAAGAAGAGUGUUUGCGUUGAGAUCAUUGUAUCCAAAUGGGACUUCAAUUCAUGUUAAUUUGAAUUUCGGAUUUUCGGAAUUUAAUUUUUGUCCUAUUAAUAGAAUCAAUAUAUUCACGUUACCUGAUAAUUUGUUGUUGAUAAGGUAUUGGAAAUUACUAGAUGAACCUUCAAAUCGUAUAAUAUUCAUGGGUUUGAUAACGACGCUUGAUGGACAUAUAAUCGAUCCUGAAGUGGAAUUGAGUGAUCAAGUGAAUCUAGAGAUGUCUGCAUCAUACCUGUCAGAUCUGACAACCAUUGAGACAAUCAAUGAUAUUAAAAGUGAAGGAUUAUUAUUUGUGAUAUCGUAUGAUAACCGUAGUAUAGUUUGGAGAAGAUAUGGUUGGGAUCGUAUAGGGAAAAGGUUGCAUAACAUGUCGGAGGGGGUGAUUACACCGGUGAUGCUUUCAUCAGAAUUAUAUAGAAUAGAUGCAUUUCAUACAUUCAAAACAUUAGAUGGUGGAUACGGCCUCGUAUACUCCAUUUCGUCAAUAAACCCCACAUCAAAAUCUCCACCUUUCUCAUCUUCUUCAUCAUCCACACAAUCAACAGUCUACAUUACCCUUCUUCACGAAUCGUCAAUCACUUGGUCAUCACCUGCAAUAAUCUAUGCAACAUCAUUGGCAAAUGUACGAAUAUCUAUAAUGGCAUGUACACAAUCAAUUGACAAAUUAUUAGGAUACACAUGUUUUAUUCGUGAACAAAAUGACAUUACAUUACGUUAUACCAUAAAAAUGAUUGAUUUUUUAAGCAUAGGAUCCAUAAAAUCCUAUCAAGAUUUACCCGGUCAUGAAAUAAGAUCGGAAAGCAGAGGGAAUGUUGUUCUUAUAUACAAUGACAUAUUACCAUUAAGUCAUGGUGGAUUUUUGAUGAUUGGUACUAGACGUGAUGGACAAGAUAGUUACCUUCAAGGGAGUGUAUAUAAUUUGGUUGAAGGGGAUACCAAGAAAUAUGGUAAAGGAAAAGAUUGGGGGAUUCCAUUAAUGAGAGAAAUAUUGUAUGAUGUAUUAAAUAAUAAUACAAUAUGGACCGCAAUACCUGGCGAAGAUGGUUCUGGUAGAUACUGGUAUAUUAUUAGCAAUGAUAUAGAGAUUGUCACUAAAGGUGAUGUAGGGUACAAUAAUAAACUAAUAAUGAAUACAACACCACCAAUUAAUGCAACAAUACCGAUAAAUUUGUCAACAGUAAGGAUAAAUUAUAUAGAUCCCAUAGUAUUAUCAACGGGAAAUAUAUCAAUCUACCAAAGAAUGUACAAUACUAGUAACAUAACUGAAAUUAAUGCUACCACGCCAUAUAAAGAUUUGUUGAGACAAUCGUUUCCAGCAUCAUUAACGGAAUUUGUUAGUACAAGAGUUACCGAAAUAGAAGUAAAAUUAUUGACUUCGACAUUUAACCAAUUCAAUUCUAAUUAUUAUAUUGAAAUUGAUGACAAUUUUGUUAGAAAUCAAGAAUUUAAUGAACCUUUAAUCGGUAUUAAAGGUGGCACUUGGAGCGUUAAAACUAAUAUCCCGGGUGAUCAACAAUUUACCGAUGAUAAGAAUGUAUUAUUACGGUUGGAUAAAAUUGGAACACAAUUUUUUAAUAACUUUUCAUCAUCAGAAAAAAAUCAAUUUUUCGAUGACUUAUUAAUCGCAUUUUCACAAGUGAUACCGGUGCCAUUAGAAAGAUUACGUACAUCGAAACGGUUCCAAUAUGAUGGUUCAAGAGAUGAUUUACCAUUUUUACCAGUAUUAAUUCAGGUGCGAUUAAUAGCCACUAGGAUUAAAGAAGAUAUGAACACGGAACAAAUCCUUAGUGAUAUGGAUACUUUGGUUAAGAAUAAAAUGAUUACUCAGUUAGUUCAUUUCGAUACUACCGCUUUAUUGGACCCCGAAUAUGGUGUAAUGGAAAUAAAAUUUCUUGGGAGUAAUACUUUAUUUCAAACGUUUGCUCGCCAUAAUGCAUUAAUUACAACGAUACUUCUUGUAAUGGGUUAUAUUGAUUUGGAAUCAUUAAAAUUAUUAAGUUCACGAUUAGCAAAUAUUCAAUCAUUAAAUGCUCCUUUUAGUGUUACUUCUGCUAAAUGGAUUUAUUUUGGUAGUUUAAUUGUUGUAAUAUUAGAAGAUGUACCUCAAUUGGUGAUCCAAAUUUAUACCAUUAUUGACAUUAAUAACUUGCUCGAUAAUAAUCUUAACGAACAUUCAACAGAUUCAGAAGAUAAUCCUCCUAACGAUGAUGGUGGAAAUAUUGGUGGUGGAAAUAAUAGUGCGAACAAUAGUUCCCUUUCAGGUAGGGAUUAUUUAAUUGGAGGUCAACAGUUACAACACAACUUUAAUAAGUGGUGGGAGGUUGAAGGAAGUGGUGUUGGAGGAAGUGGUGUAGGAGGAAGUGGAGUAGGAGAAAGUGGUGUUGUAGGAAGUGGAAUGGGAAAUAAGAUAAGAAUAUUGUAA